AUGCAAAGCAGAGAUUACACAAAGCUCCAGUUGUUCUUGCUUUGCCUAUCAGAUCAAACCCAGGCCCAGGCUGGGCUCUGAAUUCUGCCCCCCUUCCCUCCUCCCUUCUUCCCACAUACAUGCUCACCCUGGAUCUGGCCUUGGCCCACCUGCCCCGUGGAAGGCUCAUCGUCCUACCCAGGGAGUCCUCUCCACCUGUCAGUCUUCCUCUCCCCCAGGCCUGCCCAGGCUGUCACACAGACCCCCGCCCCUACCCGCCUCCAGCAGCACUUUGUCCCAUAGACUGCCAGGCCCACACCCUGGAGCUGGCAACUAAGAGGGUGUGGCAGUACCUCCGGUGCAGGUGGGGCUCCUAUCUGUACUGAGCUGCUGGUGGCUUUUGGUUGGGUUCCAGAGGUUGUUCCGGGCACCUCUGAACUGUUCACCUCCUUUCAGGUCCGGAUUCUCAGUCACGCCACCUCUUCAGAGGAAAGGACAGGAAGGGAAGGUCCGAGCAGCACUUCCUCAGGUUCUCUGGCACCCAGUGUCCAAGAUGGCCCAAUGAGCUAUAACCAUGACUGGCUGGCCGAUAUUUGCCACUAACCGCCCAGAGUCCCAUCCCUCUAGGAGCUGACGCUCCUCCAUCUGCCCUCCCAACUCCCCCCCUCCCCAGGAAGUGCCCGAGGCUGCCACGACACCAUGUAGAAGGGCCGGCCACGGCGUCCAGUGAGCUGCGAUGGUUUUGUACACGACCCCCUUUCCUAAUAGCUGUCUGUCUGCCCUGCAUACCGUGUCCUGGGCUCUCAUCUUCCCAUGCUACUGCCUGGUGAACCGGCUUCUGACCCCCUUCACUUCCAUCAGCUGCAAGAAGUGCCACCGGGCAGAAAGCCCGUGCUACCUCCAGCUGCUCUGCAUUGUCCUCUUCACGCCCAUCUACCUGGCGCUUCUUGUCGCCACGUUGCCCUUAGCAUUUCUUGGGUUCCUCCUCUGGUCCCCCCUGCAGUCUGUCCGCCGGCCCUACAUCUAUUCACGGCUGGAGGACAAGGGCCCGGCUGGUGGGGCACCUCUGCUUGGUGAAUGGAGGGGUACAGGUACUGGAAAAAGCUUCUGCUUCACCACUGCCAACCUCUGCCUCCUCCCCGAAUCGCUUGCAAGGCUCAACAAUGUUUUUAAUGUACAAGAACGGGCCAAAGAGAUUGGGCAGAGAAUUCGCAAUGGGGCCAGUCGGCCCCAGAUCAAAAUCUACAUUGAUUCUCCCACCAACACCUCCAUCAGUGCAGCCAGCUUCAGCAGCCUGGUGUCACCACAGGGCAGUGAUGGCAUGGCCCGGACUGUUCCUGGGAGCAUUAAGAGGACGGCUUCUGUGGAAUACAAAGGCAAUGGCGGACACUGCCCCAGUGAUGAGGCUGUGAACGGCCCAGCCUCUGGGGACCCGACCAAUGGCGGCAGCCUUGAGGACGCCUGCAUCGUGCGUAUUGGUGGAGAGGAGGGGUGCCAGCCCCCCGAAACAGACGACCUUGCCUCUGGGAACCAGGCCAGGAAUGGGGCUGCCAGGGGCCAGAAGGGUCAGACACCCAACCACAGUCAGCGGGAUGGGGAUUCGGGGAGCUUGGGCAGCCCCUCAGCCUCCAGGGAGUCCCUGGUGAAGGCACGAGCUGGGGCAGACGGUGGUGGUGGGGAGCCAGGUGCCACCAACAGCAAGCUCCUGUACAAGGCCUCGGUGGUGAAGAAGGCAGCUGCUCGCAAGAGACGGCACCCAGACGAGGCCUUUGACCACGAGAUCUCGGCCUUCUUCCCUGCCAACCUGGACUUCCUGUGCCUGCAGGAGGUGUUUGACAAGCGUGCAGCCGCCAAGUUGAAAGACCAGCUGCACAGCUACUUUGAAUACAUCCUGUAUGAUGUCGGGGUCUACGGCUGCUGCAGUGGCCAUGGCUGCUGCAGCUUCAAGUUUCUCAACAGCGGCCUCUUCUUCGCCAGCCGCUACCCCAUUAUGGACGUGGCCUAUCACUGUUACCCCAACGGGCGGUGCUCCGAUGCUCUGGCCUCCAAGGGAGCGCUGUUUCUCAAGGUGCAGGUGGGAAGCACACCUCAGGACCAAAGAAUCGUUGGGUACAUCUCCUGCACACACCUGCAAGCCACAACAGAAGACAGUGCCAUCCGCUGUGAGCAGCUGGACCUGCUUCAGGACUGGCUGGCUGAUUUCCGAAAAUCUACCUCCUCGUCCAGCGCAGCCAACCCCGAGGAGCUGGUGGCGUUUGACGUCAUCUGUGGAGAUUUCAACUUUGACAACUGCUCCUCCGACGACAAGCUGGAGCAGCAGCACUCCCUGUUUACACACUACAAGGACCCCUGCCGCCUUGGUCCUGGGGAGGAGAAGUCGUGGGCCAUCGGUACUCUGCUGGACACGAACAAUCUCUAUGAUGAGGAGGUGUGCACCCCAGACAAUCUGCAGAAGGUCUUGGAGAGCGAGGAAGGCCGCAAGGAGUACCUGGCGUUCCCCACCAGCAAGAGCUCGGGAGCAGGCCAGAAGGGGCGCAAGGACCUGCUGAAGGGCAAUGGUCGUCGCAUCGACUACAUCCUUCACGGGGAGGAGGGGCUGGGCCCCGACUGGAAGGCUGAGGUGGAAGAAUUCAGUUUUAUCACCCAGCUGUCAGGCCUGACUGACCACCUCCCGGUAGCCAUGCGGCUGAUGGUGUCCACCGGCGAGGAGGAGGCGUAGACCAGCCACAUUGCCACCUGUCCAGCAGUCUGCAGCAGCAGGGCCUGUGCCAGCCCUUUGAGCCGCAGCCGGUUCCUGUCCCCUCCAGUGCUGGGGGAGGAGGGCCUCAGCCACGUCCCUAGUGAGCUGGGAGCAGCCCUGCCUGCGCCUCGCAGCACUCACCGUGGACCGAGUCAGGCUGGGCCGGGACUCGGCUGCCUAACCAGUGCCAUUCUUUCCAAACGAUUUUCUACGAAUCUACAGCACAACCUAGUUUGUAAGCCGUGGGUUAGAUGAGAACCAGGUUUUCCGUACUCUUUGUAUAUCUCUUCUCAAGCUUUGUCCAGGGUUCAUUAUUUGUGUCUGCUGCCAAUGUUGUCUCGCAUGCCUGCACCCUCGCAUGCAUGCUGCCUGCAUGCUACAUACCCCUGUAGCCACACAGACCCUCGUUUGGCCUGACCCAAGGCCAAACGCCAAACAAUCAGAACCAGCCAAAGACGCACUUCUGGGCACAGGGGCUGCCAGCUCCCGCCUCCAGCCGAUGGCUCAUGAGCAGGACAGCAGGACCCUGAGGGCUGUGUCCAGUGACAUCAAGCCCAGGGCUCUUCCCCAGGUCUUGCAUUCAAGGGCGAUUACAUUUUAAAAAGGAAAAAAAAAAAAACCCACAACAAAAACCCUUCCCUUUAAAGGGUCUGUAAGUCCCUUUAGGUAGAACUC